CAAAAUUACCCUGACGUAAUCUUAACCAUGAGAUUAAAAAAAUGAAAAAAAUAAACAUGGACGGCAGAUAAUGAUGUAGCCACGAUGGCUACUAGAACUUUAGUUACCACCCUAACGCAUUCCGCAAGCGAUGGGUGGCGACACUCGAUGAGAAGAGGGAGGCCCGUGCUAGCGUCAGUCGUCGACGCAAAGCGGAGUCGAAGUCGUCCAUAUCGAGCUUACCAUCUCGCCGCAGAGUGGACUUCUCGAUGAGGCAAGCGUCGCCAGCAAACGAGGCAACCAAGAGCCGCUGGAUUUGCACACCGACGUCGCGAUCUACGCCAGUCCCGGUGACGAGGGAGCGGGAACGAGCAACAAUGGGAGUGGGUUGUCCUUUGCUUCGUCGGUUGAAUUGUGCGCUGCUAGAGAAAGAGGCAAUGGCUCACACACCGUCGAGGAAGGAGAAGAAGAUUGGCGGCGGCCAAACCCUCUGCUCGUCGUCCGUCAGGGUGAAGAAGCCGAAGAAGAAGUCACUGGGGUGGACUUCAAGUGCCCUGGUGCGCCGUUCGCCGAAGGACGAGAGGAAGAAGGAGAGAGCAGGCGGGUGAUGAGAUUUGCACGUCGCCAGAAAUGGAGGCAUUACCGGAGGAGGAGAGGAGGAGGGUCGAGGCGCCAGCAGGCCGGGUUGCAUCGCCAUAGCUGGAGAAGCAGGAACCGUCGACGAUGGCGGGCGGCACAACAUGGAAGAAGAAGGCGGAGGAGGAGGUUGGCGGCUGGUUUCCUCCACUUGCAAACCCUAAGUCGCCAAGGGUGGGCUGUGUGCGGCCGAAUGUGAUUAGUGGGCUCAAGUCAAGUCGAUUGGAGCAGCUGAGCGGGCCAAGUUGGAAGGCUGUGUGUGGGCUGGGGAAGAGUAGGUAAGCUCGCAAGGAAGGAUUCGUAGGGCCUAACUUAAACAAGUCAAGGUGGGCCAAGCCAAAGCCAUUGAAUGGCUGGAGCUUGAAGCAGAAUGGGCCGACCAAGAUUGUGGUCUCGGGCCCCAAACGAGCUGGUAGUUGGGGUUAUGUUUAAAUGGGAUGGAUUUGCAGAAAAAGAGAUGUGGGUUGGUAGGAAUAAAAGAUGGGCUUUCAA